CGUGCAUUUGCGGUGCGUGCGGAUGUGAUUUAUGCCAUCGCAUCUGGCGUUGCUGUCGUGCCUGCUGGUGCUGGUCCUCUCCCUCGACAAGUUCCUCCUCCCCUACCUCAGGAAGCGCUGGCUCUCCGGAGGUGGCGUCGCUGCCAUAAUCCCCAGGAUCCCGACCAGCCACUUCAAGUCGCAGCGAUCCAUGGCGGCCGCCGCCCAGUGGAGCGAGACAACCAUGCUCGUCAUCGACAUGCAGAAGGAUUUCGUGGACCCGGCGAUGGGCAGCCCGCUGCUGGUCGCUGGCGGCGAGGCCGUAAUCCCGGCCGUCGCUGAGGCCGUCGCCGUGGCGCGGAAGCGAGGAAUCUUCGUUGUUUGGGUUGUCAGAGAGCAUGACCCUUCUGGAAGGGAUGUCGAACUUUUUCGCAGACACUUGUACUCUGGAGGAAAGGGUCCAACAGUGAAAGGCUUGAAAGGUGCAGAGCUGGCGGACGGGCUUUUUAUCAAAGAGGGCGACUAUAAGUUGGUGAAGACGAGAUUUAGUGCUUUUUUUGCGACACACCUUGAUUCUGUUCUUAAAACACUAGGAAUGAAGAACUUGGUAAUUGUUGGUGUUCAAACACCAAAUUGCAUCCGACAGACUGUCUAUGACGCUGUGGCAUUGGACUAUGAGAAAGUUAUGGUCCUUACUGAUGCAACAGCUGCUGCAAGGCCAGAUAUCCAUUUAGCAAGUAUCAGAGAUAUGAAGACUAUCGGCGUGGAAACACCAACCUUGGAAGAGUGGCGGCGUUAGGUUUCAAGGUGGUGUACUUCAUUCUCGGCACCGAAGUGACAUGCCUAGUGCAACGGAGUCGACAAACGCUCCCUCUCCAUUUGGUCCUGACAAGUGUAAUUAUAUUAGUAUUUGCAUAUAACUUCUAAUCCGUCCAACAUAGAGUUAAUCAUACAGUGUCAUGUGGUUUCCCUUUAUAUAUAGAGGACUUAAGGCAUGGGUAUGGGUAGAAGCCAACUCCAAACCAAAACAGGGCAAUUGAAGAAGGCAGGUGCUCGGAUUAUACAAAUUUGAUCUUUUGAAAA